AUGGAGAGAAAGCCACUCCUAAUAAAGCCCACCCCAACGGUCGAAUCAUCGCAAGAGGAAAUUAAGCCUCAGCCGUUGGUCCUCAAGAGUAAGGAAGAGGGGGCAAGGACGCCAGUGCGACUAUUUAUGCCACGUCCUUUCCCCUACGAGUCAAAUAAAGUUGUACCGUGGAGAUAUGGGGAAUCUUCACCAAUAAAAGAAGAAAUAACAAACAUAGCCGGCAUUGGGGGCACAACUAGAAGUGGAAGAAUCUACUCCCCCAAGGACACACAAGAAGAGGUCCUCAAAAAUAAAGGAGAAAAUAAAAAGACCGAAGAAGAAAAAGAAAAUAAAGAAUCCAAGGAGGAGACAGAGGAAUUACUCUAG